GUACGAAUAAAAUUAAAAAAUGGCCGACAAGCAAGCAAAACGCGUUGAGUUUUCUGAAAUCAAAAAUAAGCUUAGAAGAAGCUCUCUCUAUCAAAAAGAUAAACUCCGAAAGGCAAAAGAAAAGAAAGAAAGAAAAAGGAAGCGAAAAAGAGAGGAAUCACAAGACCCAAAUGUGGUAAGUUGCGGUUACCGUUGUAAACACACGUGUGAGAUCAAAGUACUGAUUUCAGGAAAGGUAUAAGGUUGCGUACACAUCGUUAAUGUUGCUUACUUAAAGCACUUGCUGCACAAUUUAAGCCUCUCUUUAACUGGUAAUCUUGUGGUUUCUUGUCAGGCCCCUCCUAAGCAAGUCCCUAGAACUAUUGAUAACACACGUGUGGCUGAUGACACCAUUGUGGAACCAGAAGACCAUGAGGUAAGGUGAACUCUUUCAUUUUAAGUGUUAUCAUGCCUUAACGUAAUAAUAUCCUAACACUGUGACUACUUCCGAAGUAACUGCAGUAUACCUGGCCACUCAAAAGCUGGAUCCAAAAGUGUUUCUACGUGGCUACAGCUUUACACCAGUUUUUAGGGGCUUUAGGUACUGAAGUGUGCCUAAAGAACAAGGCAUUUACUUUGUGGCUAUGAGGCUAUGCAGCUACCGGCUUUAGUAAAAUCCAACUAGUGGUCUAUUAUCAAUGCUGCAUUCUGAUUGGUUGAGCAACUAUCAGGCUAUAUGUUAUAGCCCACUAUAUAGCUAGUAGCAAAAAGUGUGGGCUUUUUGGUGGCAAAAAAGGAUUAAAGUCUAGCUUUAACUAGCUAAAAAUUUUUUGUUCUUGAUAUUUUUUGACCAACUAACUGGAUUUUACUAAAACAAUAAUAUUCCUCUCACCCUCAUGGCCUCUGAGUCGCUAGCCCAUGAGGCCGAAGGCCGAAUGGGCUAUUGAAUCAGAGCCCAUUCGGGCUUGAGGAAUAAUUAUUGUUAAAUAGGGUUACAGCUGUCUUUCUGGCUACAACUGUAUAAGGGAUAUGUGGCUGCGAGGGUGCACAGCUAAGUGGCCAUGCAGCUACAUAGCCACCUAGCCACUGUUUUAGAGGUAUAGCUAUUGAUUGGCCAGGUAUUCUGCAGUUAUUUUCAACAUAAACAUCAUCAUCAUCAUCAUCAUCAUCAAGAGCCACAGCAGCAUUUUACUUACCAUCAUCUGGUCAUCAUCAUCAUCACCUUGCAGUCAGUGGCUAAAUUGCAGAGAAAUCAGAGGGGUGAGAUCUUGUGUCAGCUUUUAAAGGUGCACUUUGCAGUUUCCUCAGUCCAUGUUUGAUCUUGUCACAAAUCUGAUACACCAUGACACCAGGGUCUACGUCCCCUACUUGUUUUGAAAAAUGUGAUGGGUUUUUUAUGUCCCCUUGCAAUACAAUUCAGUGGCUUAAUAACGCUGGGGUCAAUGACACAAUCAGCUCAACUGAGAAUGGUUUUCAAUCACAGCUAGCAUAAUCUCACCAAGUUUUUAAAAAAAACCUUGGUUUGUGCUCCAAGUGGGCCUCGAACUGUCUACUUUCUCUACUUUGUGUCUCUGUCUCUAAUGUCUAAUUUAUGUACAUGUAUAAAUUUCAAAUUUCACGGAGUAGUCUAUCAGAUUGGUCAUAAUCCAUUGACCUGUACUAACAACAAAUACUUAUUCACUCUAAAGUGUUUUUGUUUUGAUUAAAGACAUAUCAUUCAAUUUUUUUUUGGCCAAAGGAAUGUCUAAUAUUAUCAUUUAAUCAACAAACUACAUGCCGAUAAAUUGUUUUUGUCAGCAUGGUUUCCUUAUAUUGUUGUUCUUUCAGGUGAGAAAUGAUGAAGAAUCAGAUCAGUUGGCAACCUAUUUUAGAUGUGAGAUGGUUCCUAAAGUUCUUAUCACCUCAAGUGAUAGAUCUAAAUUGGUAAGGUAGAUAAAAUAUUAUUAAGCGCAUUUUAUAAGUCAGUAGUUCAUUGCAAUAAUUUUACAUCUUACUUAUUAAUAAGCUUUUUAGCUUAUCUUAUGUGGUACAGUGGAUAAACAAGCAACGUUUGGGAGUAAAUAAUGUUUCUCCAUAUCCCAGAUGGGGCAAUUUUUUCCCAUUGCGUAAUGUUCUUCUUAUUUUUCCUUUUUUUGACUAAACAAGCUUUGUCACGUAUUGUCAUCUUUUUUUCUUAUGAUUUCUAUGUUUGGUUGAGCAGUAUUCUGUAAGGAGGAUUUAAAAUGUUGGACACUUUUACAUAGUUUCUAAGGUUUAAAAGGUUUAUAUUAAAUACAUUUAUUAUAUAGACACGAGUGUUUUACUGAAAAAUAUACCACUAGUAAAAUUCGUAAAAACUACAUCAGGGACCUGAGUGGUUUAUUUUCCAUAAUCUCAUAUGUUUAUCAAUAACGUAAUUUCGGUAAUUUCCCUCUAUUAUUUUAUCAAUGUCUUUUUGUUUAUAUAACAAAAAGAACAUCACACUGCGGCUUGAAGAUGUGAAUUUUAUUUUCUCGUGGCAAAAACAAUAAAAUUUAUAUUGUUUUGUCACUCGAAAAUAAAAUUCAUAUCUUCGCACCACAGUGUAAUAUCCUCUUUGUAAUCCUUAUUGUUACAUUUAUUAACUAAAGUUCUUGAUUAUUAAUCUCGCUGUUUAGAAAACAGUUCGGUUUAUGGAGGAACUUCAGAGACUUAUUCCAAACUCUGAAAUCCGUGUGCGCAAAGGAUUGGAUUUGAAGAAAAUCAUUCCCCAGGCAAAGGAAAAAGGAUUUACCGCUCUUAUAGUUGUCAAUGAAGAUCGGAAAGUACCAAGUAUCCUUUCAAUUUUUUUUUGAGGGAUUUCAAUAAUAAGCAAAUAACCAACCAUCUACCACUCUUAUCCUGUCUGUUAAACUCAUUGCAAAUAGUUUAGCUUGGGAGCUGGUGCCUUUAAGGUUAGUGGGGUACCAGAUACCAUAAGCCACAGGGAGAUUUCCCUGGCAACCCCGGAAUGUGGGAACCACCCAAACGAGCACCCUCUAACUGGCACCAUCACACUGAAAUAAUUCAGUGGAAACAACUUACCUGAAAGAAUACUUUCCCUAUUAACCAAACACAAUAGCAGGAGGGAGGAGAGGGUGUAAGAAUCCCCAAUGAUUCACAAGCGAUAGCAGUACUUUUCAUCUGCAAAGAUCAGCUGAUAACACUGCACAUGUAAAGCAAUGACCCUUGAAACCCUGUACAACCCCUGGAGGCCACCCCAAAAGUCAUGUACUGUCAGUGGGGAAGACUGCUAGCUGCAUUAGCUCGAGUUUACCUGUAACUUUGCCUAAUGAUAUUAAGCCUAAUUUAAUAUCUCUGGAGAAUUUAUCAUUAUACGGUUUUCAAAAGAAAGAAAGAACAACAUUGUCUGGAAGUCCAAGACAUCCUCUUAGAAUAACAGCAAUAUGAGAAAUACUAGUUUGAUGCCAAGAAUGCUGGUAAUUGCAUUUCUGAACUUCUUGAUUCCAUUUUUUGGGGUAGUGGCCAUACCCCGAUGCCCCCAAGGUGAAAAGAUUUCUCUAAUGAUGACUUAACUAAAACUAAAAUAUGGCCAAAACCCUGCCAUGACACACAAAAACACAGCCCUUAACUAAUUGUCUUUAGAUGGAGUUGUUAUCAGUCACUUGCCAGAUGGUCCCACAGCACACUUCAAAUUAAGCAGCAUCAAACUUGGCAAAGAAAUUAGGGUAUGUUGUGUAAAAUUCAGUAGACUUAAUAUUAAUUGUUGUGCUUUUUUUGUCUGUCAUAAAUUGUUUGCAGGUCUGAAGUAAUAUAUCAAGCAUGAGACAUUUCAUCACCAGAUGAAACACUGAGAAGAAAGUUGAAAAUACGACGUGUAGCGGACUAUUUUUGACAAACUUCUAGGUGACUCAUCUGGUGGUGAAACACUGUGUCGAAUGCUUGAUAUUACUUCUCAAACAAAUGAUUUUAGGGGGAGAAAUUAAGGAUGCAAAAAAUGACCAGUUUUUCAUCUGAUCUUCAAACACUCAUUAAACGUUAAUUUAUUUGUAUUUUCUUUAUAAUUAAUUAUCAAUGAGUUUGAAAACUGUAUUAGAAGAAUUGCAAUUCACAUUGUGUACUCCUUGUAUUGUAUUCUUGUGAACUUGAUGAGGGUCUCCCCAGCCUGAUCCAUGCUCUCAGUCACUCUGGAUGAGUAAAAUUAAAAGCAAACAUUUUUUUUUUCUGCAAAAGCAAACAUGCGAAAGACUGAGGAGAGGGUAAGGUGAGCUCUCCUGCCCUCUAUCCAUCAGUCUUAGUCUACUGAGGUCAGAUGACUCAGUCAUUUGUUUUGUUUUUCUUUUUUGUUAAACGGAAUUCAUUUGCCAUGGAUUGAAAACUACAUGCAAGUGAAGAAGGUUUUCCAUUGCCCGUGGAGUGCAUAUUACUGCACUUAACUUGUAUGUGUAAAUGUAUUUUGGAUAUGCCCUAUUGAGUGGAAGCAUUGCUUUUAGCUGUUAAAAUAGCUUCACAAAGCUUCAGUUUUAAGAAAGUUUUCCAACUUUCUGACUGUUAUCUCUGUGCCUAACAAAGUUCCUAUCCUAUCCUAAUCUGGCCUAAAUUUUUAAACGCAGAUUACAAGUCAGAAAAAAAAUCUAUUGACCUUACUUUCUUCUUAGAACCAUGGUCGCAUGACAAGCCACAGACCAGAAGUGAUCCUCAAUAAUUUCAGCACGCGGCUUGGUCAUUCUGUUGCACGUUUGUUGGCAGCGCUCUUUCCUCACGAUCCGCAAUUUCAAGGCAGACAAUGUGUUACCUUCCACAACCAACGGGAUUUUAUUUUCUUUAGACGUCACAGGUGGGUCAGAUAACUACAAUCGUGGCCUCCCAGAUCCCAAAUAGAGACCUUGAGGUUCUUAGGCCAGAACAAAACUACUAGAAUGCACGCGCUUGAGGGUAAAACAUGAGAGCUGUAGUUAUUCUACAACGGAUUUUAGCGAAAAUGUCGUAGUGACGGAAAGAAUAGAAGUUUCAUCGUCUUGCGGUCGUGAGAGGGCUUAGCCUCCUUCAAUAAAAAAACUGUGUUUAUAAUCUUUUUUGGUGAAAAUUGAAAUUAAGCUUUCGGGAAGGUUCACUUUUUGUUAGAAUACAAGAAAAACCCCUAAGUCAAACUUCGUCCACGUCGUCGAAACUAAAGGUCUCUAAUGUUGGUAUCCGGACAACUUGCUCCCCUGACCUUAGUCUAGCCUGCGAGCAAGCUCUCCUAUUUGGGCGAGUGAAACGAGUCUCGCAAGAAUGGCGAGCGAGCGGCGAAUCCGGGAGGGGCCCCUCGCUCGCGCGUUCUCGCGAGACAACGUCGACGCUAAGAGUUUCUUUAAUGGCAGAUUUCUUUUCAUUUUUUUACAUGUACGCCUCAGGUAUAUUUUCAAGAACCAGAAGAAGGCAGGACUUCAGGAACUCGGGCCGAGGUUCACGCUUAAACUCCGUUCAUUGCAACGAGGAACUUUCGAUUCCAAGUUCGGCGAGUAUGAAUGGAUUCACAAGGUUUGUCAAAAAAUGAUGAUUCGUAGCAUAUAGUGCAGGUGUCUUCUUCCAGGCCAGCUUGUGCUAAUUUCAAUAUAUUUUUUUGCAUUUGCUUGAGUACUCAUGAUCUUAAAAUUAUUUUUUUGCAGAGAAAGGAGAUGGACACAAGCAGAAAAAAGUUUUUUCUUUGAAGGCGGUAGUCGGCAGAAGUAAAACUCGUGAUGUGUCGAGCUGCAGCUUCCAGCCAAUUAAUGUAACAGCGUUCUGUACAAUGGCGACAGAGAACUAUUCUUCAAAGACACAUGUCGCUUUAUAAGUACUGUCAUCACUGGCUUGGAACGCGUAUGUGUCGACUCUCGAUCUUUAUUGUAAGCCCACGAAAAUGGAGAGAAUAUAAAAUGGACAAUUUCUUGCUGGAAAUUUGUAAAUAGUAAUGUUCCAUACGAAAUUUGGUGAUUAAGUAUUUUAUUUGCCAAAUUCGUUGCCAGGUUUGCCCUCUUAAAUUUAGUGAAAAUAAAAGUGUUGCUGACGUCAUAAGUUCCGUGCUGCGUCAAUAACCUGCUGCGAAAUCAAAUUGUCAACGAGACCGACUAACGAAACCAUUGGGUAUGGAAGCAAGUUCUAAUUUGUGGCCUAUGAACAAAAUCCAAACCUAGGGAACCUCAAAUUGAAGGCACUGAACUACUCUUGUUUCUUUUGUCUAUUUUUAACUUUGUUUUUAAUCUUGGCUAACCUCAGUUGAGAGCCCCUUUGUAAUGAAUUAAUUACACGCUCUUUCAA